GUGAGUGCUCCUCGCCUCUGCGUUUGUCCAUCUCGCACUCCUUUAAUUUCUCUCUCCACAAUGUUGGCACGGCGCUCGCUCGCCCUCGGCCGCACGGCUGCACAGCAGUCCCCUCUGACUGCGCCCGCUGGCGCGCGCAACAUGGCGACGCUUCGUGAACUUGAGCUUCGACUCAAGUCCGUUCGCAACAUUGAGAAAAUCACCAAGUCGAUGAAAAUGAUUGCGUCGACGAAACUGGCGAAGGCGCAGCGCGCGAUGCAAACUGGCAAACAAUACGGUGCUGCUAAUACCGAGAUUUUCCAGAAUGCUCCUCCCGAGGAAGGUGCUAAACGCAAGCUCUAUCUUGUCAUCUCCUCCGACAAAGGUCUCUGCGGUGGUAUCCAUUCUUCUGUAUCCAAGGCCACUCGUCGGGAUUUCAAGGAAGGUGAAACCGAGCAGGAUACACCAAUCAUGGUCAUUGGUGAUAAGUCCAAAGCACAACUUUCUCGUGCUCUCGGCGGGAAUCUUGUCCUCACAUUCAAUCAAAUCGGUCGUGACGUGCCCACCUUUGCCGAUGCUGCCUCCGUCGCGGACUUGAUAACGACGUCCGGUGUGAAGUAUGAUGAGGUCCAUAUCGUCUACAAUAAAUUUAUUUCGGCUAUUUCGUUUGAGGCGACAAAGACGGUCGUUGCUGGCGAGGAGUCGCUUAAGGAAGCUCCUGGCUUCAAGGCUUACGAAAUGGAGGAUGAUGUGACAAAAGAUCUCGCUGAAUUCACACUCGCAAAUGCCAUUUUCUCCGCGCUUGUUGAGAGCCAUGCGUGUGAAAUUAGCUCUCGCCGAAAUGCCAUGGAUAACGCGUCCAAGAAUGCGGGUGACAUGAUCAAUAGCCUCACGCUUCAGUACAACCGUGGUCGCCAGGCCGCUAUCACGAACGAGCUUGUCGACAUUAUCACUGGUGCGAGUGCGUUGUAGGUAGCUUGCGCUCUGUAACGAAAACGUCGCAUGCCUUUUGUAGAGAACACACGUGCGGCUCAAAUUAAUUUUU